CACGGAUUAUCCAAAUCUGACACUGUCAAUGUCCUAGGAAGAGACGAGUAUAUAAGGGCCAGUGCCUGCUAGCACAAAUACCUCAUCUCUCAGUAAAACUUGUCACUUUUAGUUCUGAAACUUGAAACCCAAGAAAACAUGAAUUGCGUGACAGCGUGCCUUUUUGCAGCCUUCAUUAUGACCUGCCUCUGCAUGACCUCAGCAACCUCAUCUCCUGAUUGGUUCAUUGACCAGGGUAUUGACGAUAAUGGCGGGGAUUUUGACAUCACAGAAACAGUAUUCCCUCAGAAAACAACCAUGGGCGACGACGUGGAGACACCAACGUUUACCAGAAAUCGCAAACAGAUGGCCCACAUGAAAAUCACUUCUGACAUCUACAAUGACAGGCUCCGGGGUGGCUCUGAGCCAUCCGUCAAAAAAAUCAACCCUCGUUUCCUUAGAGGUAGAGGUGGAGUGAGAGUAGCCCAGGCCUAGGUUUUGAGAGAUGAAUCAUUCAUGGCCUUAGCGUGUUUUUAUAUCAAUAAAACAUGAUCACACUAAAACAAA